AUGGGAGCUACCCGCGAGGAAAGGCAUCAACUUCUGUUGGCUGCCCUUGGGCCCAGUGCACCGGCACCGGGAUGCGAUCGGCUGAGGCAACUGUUGGUCUUCGCUCGGGAGUGGCUGAUUCACACUCUGCCCUUCAUCUUAGCCAAAGUCAAUCGUGUCCACUACGGCCUGCUUCGACACAAGGACACGGCAGACCUCGCAGGCAGAGGCUAUCCAGCUCGAGGCACACGAUUGCAGAUGGCAGUGCCCUUCACGGGUCUGGAGACGCCCUCCAUCGCUUCUGAGUUUGCGAACCCAGAUGUUGCUAUUGGGCUUACGAUCCUGGCGUUUGGGCAUGAGGGCAUGCGCACCAGCGACGUGAAGACCAUGCUUUUGCUGUUGAAGUCUGAUCUGCUUCGCGAUGUGGGAACGCCGACAGUGCAACGUGAAGCUUUCCGAAGCUUCCAAGCCUGGACCAGGAUGGAUCCAUCAGCUCACGAGGGCUCUGAGGGCUCAGACUUUGCAAGCGGGGUUCUUCCGCUGGAUUUGAUCCAGCCGGAUGCGGCAUCCAUUUUGUGCCUCAAAAAGCUUUGGCAGCGAAAGGCACCCGUGUACUUGUACUACCUGCGCAGAGAGAUAUUUCCCAAGGCCACGCCUUCACAGACCAGGAAACUGUCAGCAUGUGCGCAAGAGCUUUCAUCCCCGACCCUAUUCAAGGUGCGGUUGGGAUUCUCUGGAACACCUACAAACAUUCUUCCAUCCAGCUUGCCACCAGUCGAGUUUGACGGUGCCACAGACGGGAAGACGCUGGCCAUCCUGUCAUCCCCUCACCUCGUGAGCCUUCAUCACAUGAUGUCUGGUUGGACGCCGGAGUCCUUGCUGGCCUACAUAGCUGGCCGACGUCCGCACUUCUCGGCGCUGAUAGACACGGCUGCUUUACUGUGUGGUUUGGAGAAUGAGGAAGUAGCUGCACGGCUCAUGAACAGUCCCUUGACGCAGCCAGACGGCAAGGGCGGCAAGGGCGGCAAGGAGGCCUGCGUCUUCCUGGCCCGCGGCACCGACUUGCCUAUGAUUCUUCUGAAGGGGGCUGCGUCAGCAGUGCCGCUUGAAGAUGCCAACAUCCUUCCGGAGAAGCGUUUCUGCUACUUUGACCAGCCACACACAACGGGCAUUGACAUCAACCAGCCAGUUGCUGCCAUCACCAUCGGGAAAGAUAUGAGCAUCCGGGAGCUGCAGCAAGGUUCCUUGGAGCAGGAACAGCUCCAAGCCAGGCAGCUUGUGCGUCAGGAUUUGAGCCAUGCCUGGAAGUCAGAGGCUCUGAAUGCGCUCAUGAGUCGCGGCUCACAAAGAGAGCAACACGUGGAAGUGCUGCUGGAGACUGUGAGCUCCAGCGUGGUCCAGAAGACUCCACAGCGUCUCCAGGCGGCCCUUCGUGAUCUUGCAGCCCCAUUCAUGAAGGCUGCAUCAGUGGCUGCGGCGGUGGAGACGGCUGUGGAGCGAGCAGUCCGGCUCUUGGGUGAUGUCACGGAUGAGCUCUCUGGUGGAGGCGGAGAAAUCGUGCGGGAGCAGGAGCAACAGCAGCAGCUGGAGCACCAGAUUGAGUCUGAAAAGGACGCAUCAAUUAGCCGGCCCCGCGUUGGCGAGAGCCGCGUGUGGGAGUUGGAGCAAAAGAUGCUACAGAUUGCGGAUGCCGUCACAGGAGGGGACAAGCUCCAGGACAUACAUCUUUUCUCCUUCCCAUCUGCAGCUAGUGUGGCAGAGACACUGCGAGCAACUUCGGCUGGCUCCGCAAAACAAGCAGUCAAAAAUUUAGAGGCACGAACUCGGCUGGAAGAGCUCCGGCUGAGGUUUUCCCCGAACUGCAGAGUCACGGAGGAGAUUGCCAUUGUGCGACCUGUCCUUGUGGCCCUCCGCCUCGGUGAUAAAACUCCUUCAACCUUGGCCUUGUCUCUCUGCGAAGCUGAAAGCAUCCGCUGGAUCUUGGAGACGAGCACAUCGGGCCAAUCUUUUCUGCUCCAUACCAUUUCAGAGACUCCCAUGUUUGAGGCAGAGCAGGCAACUAUUGAAGAGCAUCAUGCCCCUCGCAGGUGCUCUGCCGAAGUCAGAAGGGGCUUGAUAUUUCUCAAGCUGCCAUUACCUUUCUGCGCUUCUACUUGGGUGAGUCCUGGUUCUCUUCACAUGAGCUUUUCGAUGUGUCAUCUUUCGGCCUCUUUUCUCAGGAUUUCCAGCGGCUGCGAUCGGCUGCCUUCAGCGCACGCCGUCCAGGUGGCUCCGCUGACUGGUCUUCCACGCCACUGCGGGCUGUUCUUGGUGAUGACCCUGCGGCGGCAGUACUGCUGCCGCCAGAUGCCGGCCCCACGUACCUGGAGCGCUACAGCACUGAAGCCCUGGCAGGUGGCCGAGAUUUCGUGGAGACCUACGCUCGGCAACGUCCCACAGAGCACGCGGACCCAGAGGCGGCUGAGCUUGGCUGAGGCCGCGCCGACUCAAGGCGGACCCGGUGGCCCGAUAAAGAGUGCCAGAGCAGAAGUUGCCGGUCCCUGA